AUGGUGAAAAAAGGAGGAGAAAUGGGGUGUGACAUAAGAGUAGACGAAGACCUUAAGGAUGUCACAGGUGAUAUUAUUGCUAGAGCUUGCUUUGGGAGCUCUUUUUCCAAAGGCAAAACGAUAUUCUCUAUGAUUAGGGAUCUUUUGAUUGCCAUCACUAGACGCAGCGUCCUCUUCAGAUUCAAUGGCUUCACUGAUAUGGUGUUUGGGAGUAAGAAGCAUGGUGAUGUGAAUAUUGAUGAGCUCGAGAAGAAACUGGACUCAUCAAUUUGGGAAACGGUAAAGGAAAGAGAAAUGGAAUGCGUGGAAGGUGACAAGAAGGAUGUAAUGCAGUUGAUACUCGCGGGGGCGAUGCGUAGCUGCGAUGGAAACUUGUGGGACAAGUCAGCUUAUAGACGUUUUGUGGUGGAUAAUUGCAAGAACAUCUAUUUUGCCGGCCAUGAAUCAACCGCAGUCUCAGUGUCUUGGUGCCUUAUGUUCCUCGCUCUCAACCCUACCUGGCAGAAUCGAAUUCGGGAUGAAAUCUUGAGUUCUUGCAAGAAUGGCAUUCCCGAUGAAGAAUCCAUUCCCAACCUCAAAACGGUGACAAUGGUAGUCCAAGAAACAAUGAGACUAUACCCACCAGCACCUCUAGUGAUGAGAGAAGCAUCCGCAGAUAUAAGACUCGGAAACCUUGUGGUGCCAAAAGGAGUGUGCAUUUGGACUCUCAUUCCUACCUUACACCGUGACCCUGAGAUCUGGGGAGCAGACGCAAACGAGUUCAAGCCAGAGAGGUUUAGUGAAGGAAUCUCUAAAGCUUGCAAAUACCCUCAGUUAUACAUCCCGUUUGGCCUCGGACCAAGACAAUGUUUAGGCAAAAACUUUGCUAUGAUGGAAAUCAAAGUGCUUGUGUCACUUAUUGUGUCAAAGUUUAGUUUCACUCUGUCUCCGACAUAUCAACACUCUCCAAACUAUAAGCUGCUUGUUGAGCCUCAACCUGGUGUUGUCAUUAGGGUUGUUGGACAGUGA